GUCAACUGAAGAAGUGAAAGUCAAUUCGAACACUUAACUUCCCAUUGUAAUGUGAAUUAUGGCCAGUCAACCUAAAGCUAGACUUGAUAUGGGGCAUGGAUUUAUAAAAUGCAUUAUCAAGAACCAGGUGGAAAGAGACAACUAUGACAAAGAAGUGAAAGCAAAGAUGAAUGAUAAACCAAAAUCUGUUGGUCAGAAUAGAGGGAAGAAACCUGAGUUGAAAACUUAUGUCCCUCCGCCAAGGUCAAAGAUUAAACAAGAAACUGAGAGCAGUGUGAUCUUUGAUUUGGAGUAUGAAGAUCAGAAGGGUAAACUCCAUACAAUCUCUAUAAACAGAGGUGACAGUGUUUCUCAUGUGGCAAGGGAUUUUGGCCUUCAAAUUGGUAUGACUGAGAUACAUGUGAAAGCUUUGGCCAUCAAGCUUCAUGAAGAAGUUGAUAAAAGACAAAAUGGCAGAGUGUCAUGACACAUUUCGAGUUGCUGUGCGGAUAAAUAAUCUGUGGCAACAGUCCGGGACCAAUGUAUUAUCCAGUAGACACCUGCCUUUACCACCCAUCAUUGCCAUACAAUGUAACUCCCAAGUUCACUCAAGGAAGGUUUAUUAUACCCAAGUGAUGGUACAUGUUACUAUGAUUGAGGACGAAUGACUGAACAGGGCUGAUACAAUGUAUCAAAUAAGCAUAGAAAGUGAGGUGAAAAAAAGGUAACAAAAGCAUGGAGGCACUUACUCAGGAGACUGUUUAUGAACCAUAAAGGAUUGGUUAUGCCAUCCUCUAGGCCAGAGCCAUCCUUCUAAUACCUGUUGAAGUCUGAAUGGAGUUAAGCACUAUACACUCUGGUGAUUGAGCUCAUUGUGUUGCUAUCAGUGAAUGUGGACCAUCCCCCAAGUGUUUUUCAGUGGUUGGUUAUGUAGAAUGUAAGGAGUGGCUACGAGAAAAGACUGAAAUACGUAGUAAAAGGUGCUAAGUCAAAACAUUUUAGGAAAGUUUACAUCUACCAACACAUGAUCUGCCAUUAUAAGCUAACAAGGAGUCCACUAUUCCCAGUGCUCGGUAAGACAUCUUGGAAUUAAGCAACAUUAGUGCACCCAACUUUGUCCAUCAAGCAAAACCAUCUUCUUAUCUUGUAUUGUCAUUAAACACACACUGUUAACAAAUAGCAGAAGUUCAUUUAAGGACAUCAUUUAGAUGGCCUCUCAUUGUUAGGAUAUUUUAAAUGGCUGCCUUUUGCUUGCAUGAAUCUGCAUCAACUUUAACAAUCUCAUUUCAUAUAGACAGUUUUUCUGUAUAGUUAUUUCUGCAGAAGCCAAUAAAAUUAAUUGCAUCUGCUGCUGUUUCAGGAAAUGCUCUCAUUCCUUUAUGUUUAUAUGGUAAUGAUUGCACAGUUAACACAUCUUAUUGGGGUGGGGAUCUAUUUUAUAUGUUGUUAAUAUGUGCACAACACCACAUUAUUGUCCAAGUUUUUGAUUUUUUGUUUUAUUGGUUCAUACCAUCUUCAUUUUCUCCAUUAGCAUACUUUGUCAAAGCUGAGACGAAUAUAACUGUUAUAUUAGUCACAGGUCAAAGUCAGUAUGUUGUCAAAAAGUCCAUCCAACAUGACCGCAACACGAGUCCAACCAUACCAGAGGAAAAAUCUGUUCCAAUGAAUUGUGAAUGCACAAGAUCAGCUGCGAUCAAAAGUUAUCGUUGGUUGUCACACAUACAUGUAAAUUCUGACAAAUCUUAUCAGUCUGUCCUUGUAGUAUGAACUUUGUAUGAGCAUUGCGAAUUAUCUUCUUAAAUUGUAUAUACAUUUUGGCCAUGGAGUGCCUUUGAUUUCACUCAAUCACAUGGCCACCAUGGAUGAAGAAGAGUCAUUCAAGAGAUAACGAAUCUGUCAGUUUUGGUGUUUUCAUUCAGGGUAAAUUCACCACAACUUCUCAAGAUCAUGACAAUUUAAAGAUAGCGACUAAUCACACAAGUUAUAUGUCAUUUCAUUGGUGUUACUGGGUCUUUGUACUCCUGAAGUUGUGUGUUACUUAGAUGCAGUAUUUGCAAUGGUCUAAAAAUGUUUUAAUCAUAAUAUCUGAAAAUAUGUAUGACAGGUUUUCCUAGGCAAGCACUCCUAACUUUAAAAUGAAAGACUCAACAGAACAAAUUGGGGACUCAGCUUAUGUAAUGCAAAAUCCUGUUUGUCAGAAUUUUCUUCAAAAUGACGCUUGUGUCAGUCCUGCCUAAUACCAUCAAAUCUUGGUCUGAAAGUAGGAUUUUGCUCAUACGAAUUUCCUGCCCAAAUUGAGAAUGUAUACCGAAUAUAACUUUGCUGUCAUUUACAUGGCUUACAGCACAACAUGUACAUGUAUUUCACUUGUUUCCUUGCAGGUUUUUUUGGCCACGCCGUUUUAGCGCUGCCUCGGUGGAAAAGAGACACAUAACCCACAGUAAUUGCGCACAAUUUCGUGAAAAGUUGGUUUUAUUAGCAAAUACUAAUGAAAUGAAGCUAAUCUGGCAUGAAUUUCUAUCCUUGCACAACAAAAGAAUCUACACAUUCAUCAUUGUCGUCAAAUCUGACCAAAAUGAAAGAGCAUUUGAAAUAAUGACUAGUUAACCAGGGCUAAGAAAGCAAAAUGACUUUGAGGUCAUCAUAAAAUGUCUAUCACCAUAAAUCAUCUAGUUUUUCACUAAGAGUAUGUUAAUAGGCAGCUGACCAGAAACAUUACACAAUUAUGUCUCUGGGUUCUCACUCCAUUAUCCUUCAUUCCCUAACCUAACUGCAGAAACUUUAAGCCUUACAAUGACAUUUUUUGCUUCAUCUACUGGAGGCAAUACUGGUACAACCAUAAUACAUGCCUAAAUGCUAGAGAAAUACUACUGUACAGUGCAGGGUGGGUCAGAAGUUUGGUAUGGAAAUCCUGCACGAUUAACUUUCACUGUGGUUGCAAGUAUGCUCAAAACACCAGCCACCACUAUUACAGGACCUAAUUUUGUUUUUUAUGUCCUUCUUCAUAGAAAAAGACACCUAAACUUGAGAAAGCGGGGUAUAUUAAUAAACAUGUUGGUCUUUGCAAGCAAGACACAAAGCCUUCCAAAGCAUGUUAAUGAAACAAGAAACCACAUCAACUCUUACAAUGUAACGUUUGAGGUACCGUGUUGAAGUUACAUGCAGAUUCCUAAAGUGCCGCUAUAAGGCUUUUGCAGACAGAAAACAAUGUGCAGCAGGUUUCUAUAUAUUUAUGCUUCUGACAUCAAUUCAACAUAUCCAGAGAGACCUGUAUGGUGCAGAGAUUAAAUAUGUAUGGCAGAGAAGGCAGAAAGUGAUAUAGACCGUUCCUGCUAUGUGUAUGGCAGAGAAUGCAGGAAGUGAUACAGCCUGUUCCUGCUACGUGUAUGGCAGAGAAUGUAGAAAGGGAUAUAGACUGUUACUGCUACGUGUAUUACAGAGAAUGUAGAAAGUGAUAUAAGACUGUUCCUGCUAUGUGUAUGGCAGAGAAUGUAGAAAGGGAUAUAGACUGUUCCUGCUACGUGUAUGACAGAGAAUGUAGAAAGUGAUAUAGACUGUUCCCGCUACGUGUAUGACAGAUAAGGUAGAAUGUGAUAUCGACUGUUCCUGCUAUGUGUAUGACAGAUAAGGUAGAAUG